GAUACGAAGAGAGCCUCAGAUGAUUCUCUAGUAGUUGCAAGACCAUUAGCUUUGAUAUUAGAUUAUCAUGGUUUAAAGGUCCUAUCCAGUUGUUGUACAACUACAGAUCUAUUAGAAGAAGGUAAUAGGGUUUACAUUAAUAAGAAUGAAGAACGUGAGUUAGCAGUUGAUUAUGAUGCAGUUUAUCUAGUCCAACCUACACCUGAUUCCAUUGAUCGUAUAAUACGGGACUUCAAGGAUUAUGAUACUAAGAAGAAGAAGAAGUUCCGUCCUAAAUACCGUUCUGCAUUUGUAUAUUGUACAAGUCCAAUGCCCAAGAGGGUUAUGGAUCAGUUAGCUUCAGUAUCUGAG